AUGAAAAAGAUUUUAAAAGAUACACAUGAGAAAUGUUCUCUCUUAAAACCAUACCUUCCGUAUGGUGUCUUAGAUCCAUGGGACGAUUUAGACCCUCGCUUAUACCACGCUGUUCAUAUUUACUGGCUGAAAUUUUACGGGAUGUGGUAUUAUAAUUUCAAACCAACGAAUCCUUAUUUCUGGCUACGUUUCUUGUAUACAAUGGUGGUAUUGUGGCUAGUUUGCUUCCUGCCUUGCAUCGGGGAAGUUGUUUAUUUACUCAGACGAGGCGAAAAUAUCAGUGAUAUUGCAGAGGGUCUGUACCUAUUUCUGAGUGAAAUGUAUACCUAUUUUAAAAUUGCUGUUUUUUGGCUGAAUAAGGGUAAAAUUUUAAAACUUCUAAAAUUUUUACAUUGCGAGGAAUUCAAACCCGAGGAGAAAGAGCACCGAGUGAUUUUGAGGAAAAGUAUUAAAACGGCGCGCUUCGUAAUGACGUACUAUUCUGCUAUGUGUGUCGGAGCAGUCUCGGUUGCAAUCAUUCUGCCGCUGACUGAGAACUUUAACAUACUGCCUACAAAUGUGGAAUACCCCUAUUUUGAUGUUAACAAAACGCCAGUAUAUGCCAUUACUUACAUGCAUCACAUAUAUUACAAGCCUGCAACUUGCAUUAUAGAUGGUGUAAUGGAUACUAUACUUGCAGCUUUCAUUGCAUCCGCUAUCGGUCAAAUAGAAAUUUUAGCAUACAAUCUACGGAACUUCAAAAUUUUAGCCACAAGGAAUCGUAAAAGAGAUGUAGUAAAGUAUAUACAGCGGGACUAUAACCUAGAUGUUAAAUACAAUCCAUAUUAUUAUAUACAUUUGAUAUUGAAAAAGAAUAUCGUUCAUUAUAAUGCUAUUAUAAGAUACGUGUCCAUGAUUGAAGGUGCAUUUAGUUUAGCUUCUGCCUUGCAGUUCAUGCUUAGCGUUAUGGUUCUUUGUUUGGUGGGAAUUCAAUUUUUAUCCAUUGAAAAUCCGAGUAGUCACCCUAUGCAAAUCGUAUGGAUGGCCAUUUAUUUGACGUGUAUGCUGAUAGAGGUAUUCAUAUUGUGCUGGUUCGGCAACGAACUUAUAUUGAAGAGUCUUGAGCUACGCCAAGCUGCUUUUGAUGGGCCAUGGCUUGAGACUGACCCCAAGACUACGAUGUUUAUAAUAAUAUUACUGGAACGCUGCAAACAGCCCCUGAGGGUGACAGCCGGAAAAAUAUUCACAUUAUCAUUAGACACGUAUACAUAUCUCAUAAACUGGUCAUACAAAGCAUUUGCAGUGAUGAGAAAUAUGAAAAAAUAA